AUGUGUGUUAUCUCCUGGAGAAGUUGCUUACCUGCUUGUUUUUCUGAUGAAUUUCUACCUUUAACACAACCCUUCUGGAGUUUUGCAGUUCGUGGAAUGAUGUACUACAGGAAAGCGCUAAUGCUGCAAUCAUAUUUGGAACGGAUGAUAACUGGAGAUUCUGAAGCAGGAAUCCCACCAAAUGGAACAACGGAUACUCAAGGAUUUCACUUGUCUCCUGAAUCAAGAGCACAGGCAGAUCUGAAAUUUACAUAUGUUGUCACAUGCCAGAUAUAUGGAAAACAGAAAGAAGAGCAAAAACCUGAGGCUGCAGAUAUUGCAUUACUAAUGCAAAGAAAUGAGGCUCUCCGAGUUGCUUUCAUUGAUGAGGUUGAAACUCUUAAAGAUGGAAAGGUGAAUAAAGAAUACAUCUCAAAGCUUGUAAAGGCUGACAUCAACGGCAAAGAUAAG